AUGCUAAUUUUUUAUCUGCCAGCUUAUAAAAAUUUUCCUAAUGCCAAAAUUGAGGGAAAACUGAAGUUAGAAGAGUAUGAAUUCAGUCUCUAUGGUUUUAUAUGAAGCUAUGGCUCUGGAAAUAUUGGGCAUUAUACAACUCAUAUAUUGUUUUUGGUUAAUUUAAACACAUAUGAUGUGAUAAAGAGGUUUAUUAGUGGCUAUUUUAGAGAAAUUAUCAUUUUAGGCUUUUAUGACUGCUUAAUUCAGAAAAUUAUAUUAAAGAUGGGAAUGUUUGGAGAUUAUAUAAUGACUCAACUGUAAGUGAUAAAAGCUAUGAUGCAGGAAAUAGCUAUUUAGUUUUUUAUUUAUUAAAUAAGUCGAGGACUUAA